CGCGAGCCCUAAUACCCUGUCUCUCCUCAAAAUCUUAAAAAGCUUCAGGGAUCGCUUCAUUCGAUUUCUUCAACAAAACAAAGCAGAAAACAAGAAAUGUGGAGAAAAAUCCCCUCUGAGCUCGCCGCCCGGCGAUACGCCGCCUGCCGCCCCACAAUCGCCGCCGCUCACCUCCACUCGUCACCCUCACCUCCUCCGUCGAUCCACAGCAUCCCUCCUCUUUUCUCUGACAAUUCCGCGAGCGCGGCGUCGUCGUCGGUGAAGAAGAGGGUUGAGGAUGUGAUGCCGAUCGCCACCGGGCUCGAGAGAGAGGAGCUACAGGCCGAGCUCGAGGGGAGGAAGCGAUUCGAUAUGGAUGCUCCGGUUGGUCCAUUUGGCACUAAGGAGGCGCCUGCUGUAGUCCAAUCUUGGUAUAACAAGAGAAUAGUUGGUUGCCCUGGUGGUGAAGGAGAGGAUGAGCAUGAUGUUGUAUGGUUUUGGCUUGAGAAAGACAAGCCUCAUGAAUGCCCUGUGUGCUCCCAAUACUUUGUGCUGGAGGUAGUUGGCAACGGUGGGGACCCAGACGGACAUGAUGAAGAUCAUCACUAAGGACGAUAAUAUUAUUGAAAAAGCUGUUUCGAGUAUCAAUUAUACUUUGUAACUUCAGGCAGCUUUUGUCAAAGUAUUUACUUCAUUGUUUUUGCGCAUGACAUAAUGUUUCUGUGGGAGAAAUAUCUCACCCGGAUUGUUCAUUCAACUGACCUCUCGAUUGAGCUUUUUGUUGUUAUGGUUUCACAUUGCAUCAUCAAAUAAUAAAGAAAUGGUUAAAUGGACAAUGCACUUAUAUA